AUGACCGGACCCAAGGCCCACCUCGCGUACGCGCGCAGCGUGCAGGGCGGCGCGCAGAGCGGCAUCGACGAGUGCAAACACCAGUUCGCGUGGGACCGAUGGAACUGCCCCGACUCGGCCACGCAGCUCAGAGGACUGAAACGCGGAUAUACAAUAACACAGGACAGUUUUAUUUGCCUCUUUUCUCUCUCAUCAGCCACCAGAGAGACUUCUUUCGUCCACGCCAUCAGCGCCGCGGGGGUCAUGUACACUCUGACCCGGAACUGCAGCCUGGGAGACCUGGACAACUGCGGCUGCGACGUCUCCAAGAACGGGAAGAUCGGCGGUCGCGGCUGGCUGUGGGGAGGCUGCAGCGACAACGUGGACUUCGGGGAGCGGAUUUCCAAACAGUACGUGGACGCGCAGGAGACGGGGCAGGACUCCCGGGCCGCCGUCAACCUGCACAACAACGCGGCGGGGCGGCUGGCAGUGAAGGCAACGAUGAAGCGCAUCUGCAGAUGUCACGGCAUGUCGGAGAGCUGCAGUGUCCAAACCUGCUGGACGCAGCUGUCCGACUUCAGAGAGAUCGGCAACUACCUGAGGAGCAAGCACGACCAGGCGCAGAAGCUGGACGUGGACAGAAAGCGCAUGCGCGCCGGCAACAGCGCGGACAACCGGGGCGCCGUGGUGGACGCGUUCGGCGGCGUCGCGCAGACGGAGCUCCUCUACCUGGAGGACUCCCCGGACUACUGCCGGCGGAACACCAGCAUGGGCCUGUACGGCACCGAGGGCCGGGAGUGCGUGCAGCACGGAGACGGGCUCACCCCGUGGGAGAGGCGCAGCUGCCGCCGGCUGUGCCACGAAUGCGGCCUGCGCGUGGACGAGCGGCGCGUGGACGCGGUGAGCAGCUGCAACUGCAAAUUCCACUGGUGCUGCACGGUGGACUGCGACCACUGCUCCCAGGUCGUCGUGACGCACCUGUGCGCGAGGAGGGAGGGCGCGGACGGGACCGGCUUCAGACGGAGGUACCGAGGACCCAACUGA